CAUUCUUUUUCAUUCGAAAUUCAAUUAGUUUGAUUGAUGUGCGUAGGAACGAUUUUUUUUCUUUUAGCUAACUAUUUUUUUAUCGUUAGAAAACUCACAAGGGAGUAAACAUCGAUCGCUGUAAUACUUAUCAUGCAACGAGACACUGAUGACUAACGGACAAAUUAGAUGAUUUUAAUUGAGAUGAUAGCUUGGUUUAAAGUUUUAACAUGCAUUCUACUCAGUCUGAACGCUAUAGAAGCAAGGAAAGAACUGAAUUUAGGGAUGCUAAUCCCUUGGACGUCAACAUAUUUGCCAGGAAACACAUUUGCCGGCGCCAUUACGCGUGUUAUCGACGACGUAAACAAUGAUCCAAACCUCUUACCAAACACGACACUAACCUUUUCACACAAGGACACUUUUUGUGAUGGUACAGUCGGUCUUGGUGGAGCUGUCGACCUGUACAACAUAGGUAUUGAUGUAUACAUAGGACCAGCAUGCUCCGUGGCUUGCUUAUCAAGUGGAAUGCUAUCUACAUUUAAGAGAAUUCCCAUGAUUUCCUACGGUUGUUCUUCUAUCCACCUAUCGGAUAAAAAAGAAUAUCCUUACUUCGCGAGAACGAAACCGUUUGCUCGCGGAAGCAAAGAAUGGACACCAAAAACGUUUGUAGCUUUAGCAAAUUAUUUUAAUUGGAAAACUAUUUGUCAAAUUGAGCGUGUUCACGAAAUCUAUACACCACUAGUGACAGCGACGAAAGCCGCUUUUGAGAAAAACAAUAUCACCAUAGCCAAGCGUGUCUUUUAUUACACAGAUGAUACCGAGUUUAGUGACUACAAAACGUUGCUGGAAAAAAUUAAAGACGACUGCAGAAUUGUGUUUUUACUUACGAGAGCGAGAGACGUGAUGUCGUUUAUGGUACAAGCUUAUAAUCUGGGCAUGUCACAAUCAAAACAGUAUGCUUUCGUUUCCGUUGAUUUUGCUUUCGGAAGCAAAUGGAACUAUACGUCACUCGGGUACAGUAAAAGCUUUAUAACGUCUGUCAUCACACGUGGAUUAAUAACUGUGUCUGCAAUUCGUCCAAAUAAAAGUGGAGCUACUUAUGAAAAGUUUAUUGAUGAUGUGAGAUAUCGAGUGAAACAACCCCCAUUUAACGACACUGAGUUGGAGAACAAGACCUCUAUUGUCACCUCCGCCGCCUAUCUGUACGACGCCACGAUGUUGUACGUUAAAGCAGUUGAUAAAAUGAUGAAAGAAAAUAAAAGCGAUUAUAUCAGGGACGCUGCAUAUGUUUUUAAAUACAUGACUAACACUUCGUUUGAAGGUUUUACUGGUCCUGUACAUAUUGAUAAAAAUGGUGACAGGAUUCCUUUAUUUAACAUUGAUAACGUCAACAAUGGAAAACUUGUUACUGUGGCAACCUACAAUCCGUUAAAUAACAAAUCCAUUGAAAUGAUUCCUAAUGAGGUCAUCGUAUUUCCCGGCAACACAACAGAUGUUCCAAAAGAUGUACCAUACUGUGGCUUUGAUCAUUCAAAGUGUCUUUCUGACAAUGACGAAUUCAACUACAUUCCUGUCGCUAUAGCAACUCCAAUUUUGCUGACUAUGCUAAUAUUUGCUGGUGUAUACAUCCACAAUAAGAAAAAAUACGAGAUGAGUAUUCUUUGCAAAGGUCUGAUCGUCUACAUUAAAGAUAUAUCAUUCGGUGGAGAGAAUUCGUCAUUUAGAAGCAAAAUUUCAGCGAUGAGUUCUUUGUCGAAUUUUUCCCGCAGAAAGAGCGAAUUAUUCACCACCGGUCAUUUCUACACGUCUGGCAUGUCCCAAGUCGUUGUGUAUCGAUCAGAAAAGGUUUUCUUAAAAACCGUGAAGCAAUCGAAAAUUGAACUCUCAAGAGAUGUACUGAUUCAGUUGAAACAUUUGAAAGAUUUGAACAAUCCGAACGUGAACCCAUUUAUUGGCGUGGUAUCAAACGGACCUGAUCUUCAUCUGAUCUGGACAUAUUGUACGAAAGGAAGUCUUCAAGAUGUACUUCAAAAUGAUGAUAUCGAAUGUGAUUGGAUGUUCAGAUUAUCCUUCGCCAAUGACAUUGCCAAGGGUUUAUAUGAAAUUCAAAGAAGUCCAGUUGGUGUCCAUGGUAAUUUGUCGUCGUCAAACUGUUUGGUUGACAACAGAUGGGUCUGCAAGCUAUCUAACUUUGGAGUAGCUCAAUUUAUGUCUGGAUUACCUAAUCAACCUGAAAAUGCGUAUGGUGAAUGUCGAAAAAAGUUUUGGUGGUCUCCGGAACGCCUGGAAGAUCGCCAGUCCCCUCCUAACAAAGAAUCUGACGUUUACGCUUACGGAAUUAUUUUGUAUGAACUGUACACGAGAGGCGAUCCAUACAGUUUAGAGAUGGAAAACAAUGAUAUGCAACCUAGAGAUGUAAUUGAAUUCGUUAAAUCACGAAUAGUCCCUCCCUACAGACCACUCAUAGAAGUUGACGAUGACGCCCCAAAACAGUUCACCGCCCUCAUGCAAGCAUGCUGGAAGGACCUACCUACAGAAAGACCUUCUGUAAAAGAGAUCACAAGAACGGUUUACAAAAUGAACAAAGAAAACGAAUUAGGGGGCAGUCUGGUAGACCACAUGUUGAUCAUGAUGGAGAAGUACACAAACAACUUGGAAGUGAUCGUUGCCUCAAGAACAGUGGAGUUAGAAAAAGAAAAAGAAAAAACUGAAACGCUGUUGUACAAAAUGUUACCAAAACCAGUUGCGAAUAAACUGAAAGAGGGUCAGCCUGUGCUGGCUGAACAUUUUGAUGCAGUUACCAUCUUCUUCUCUGAUAUAGUUGGCUUUACAAAAUUAUGUUCCAACAGCUCGCCGUUACAAGUGGUUGAAAUGCUGAAUGAUCUAUAUAGCUGUUUCGACAACUGUGUUGAUUCUUAUGACGUCUAUAAGGUCGAAACUAUAGGUGAUGCAUACAUGGUGGUAUCUGGUCUUCCUAUCCGCAAUGGUGACAACCAUGCAGGCGAGAUUGCGACCAUGUCUCUCGAUUUAUUGAGCUGCGUGAAGUCAUUUAAAAUUCGCCAUGCACCAACUGAACAACUGCAACUGAGAAUAGGAAUACACACAGGUUCUUGUGUAGCAGGCGUAGUUGGCUUAAAGAUGCCAAGAUAUUGUCUUUUCGGUGAUACUGUUAACUAUGCGUCACGAAUGGAGUCGAGUGGCUUGGCACUGCGUGUUCAUGUGAGUCCUGAAUGUAAAAAUGUGCUAGAUACGCUGGAAGGUUAUGAGUUAGAGGAGAGAGGUCCUGUUGAAAUGAAGGGUAAAGGGACUAUAUUGACGUAUUUCUUGCAAGGAAAAAAAGGAUUUAUGAAGGAAUUACCAGACCUAAGCCUCGCUGCUGGACUGGAUAGUCAUACCUUUAAAUAAUUAUAUGUACAUACAAACACACUUGUAAAUAUUUCGUUUAUUGUUGUAUAUUUUAUAUUUUUUAUUUCUUCCGAA